CCGCCAGCCUCGCUAGCAGCUCGCAGAUUUCUGACAGCGUCUUCCGCGAGAGGAGGGCCGGGGAGCUCAAAACAGAAGCCGCAGCGCCUCCUGCCUGCCGCCUUUCCUCCCCAGCUUGCGAAUCCCACGCCUAACAAGAUGUGCAAAGGACUUGCAGGUCUCCCGGCCUCUUGCUUGAGGAGUGCAAAAGACAUGAAACAUCGGCUGGGUUUCCUGCUGCAGAAAUCUGAUUCCUGCGAACAUAAUUCUUCCCACAGCAAGAAGGACAAAGUGGUGGUUUGUCAGAGGGUGAGCCAAGAGGAAGUAAAAAAAUGGGCUGAAUCACUGGAAAACCUGAUUAGCCAUGAAUGUGGGCUGGCGGCUUUCAAAGCUUUCUUGAAGUCUGAAUACAGCGAGGAGAACAUUGACUUCUGGAUUAGCUGUGAAGAGUACAAGAAAAUCAAAUCGCCCUCCAAACUGAGUCCCAAGGCGAAAAAGAUCUAUAAUGAAUUCAUCUCAGUCCAGGCCACUAAAGAGGUAAACCUGGAUUCUUGCACCAGGGAGGAGACAAGCCGGAACAUGCUGGAGCCCACGAUAACCUGCUUUGAUGAGGCCCAGAAGAGGAUUUUCAACCUGAUGGAAAAGGAUUCCUACCGCCGCUUCCUCAAGUCCCGAUUCUAUCUUGAUUUGGCCGACUCCUCCAGCGCUGGCUCGGAGAAGCAGAAAGGAGCCAAGAGUCCCGCAGACUGUCCUUCUCUGGUCCCCCAGUGCGCCUGAUUGUCACACGGCGCCGGAGGCUGACGCGCCAAGACUUCUGCCUGGAGAACCUGAGGCCGAAUAUUGAUCCGUAUUAAGCACGAGGGCUUUUAACCCACCUUGUAGCUUAGUGUUCGUGCUGCCUGCCAUGUGUGAGUCACUCCCAUGUAAGAAGUAGAUUUAGUGUUGGUGUUGCGGUGUCCCAUCAGGGCAGGGCCUCCUUCCAGUCCGGUUUUCCCAGAUUUCCUUUAGGGUGCCACGUGAGCAAGUACCCACAUAAUGGCUUUGUAGGGGUGGCUUUUCAAAGACGUGGAGCUCUCUCCUCCCAACGGCUUGACCUCAGGUUUGUUGGUUGGUACAUUUCAUGUGACAUCCACAAGCACAUGUAUUCUGUUGGCACUUUCUCUAAACUCUAAGUGUUUAGAUGAGGUUGACCUAUUAUGUGUAUAUGUGUGUGUGUAAAUAUAUGUAUGUAGGCACAUAUAUUUACAUUUAUGCGUAUACACAUAUUUACAUAUAUACAUAUAUUUGCACACACAUACAUACACAUUCUAUGUAUAUGUGUCUAUGUAUAUUACAUAUGUAUUUCUGCAAGGAGAGAUAGGAAAGACCCUAGGUGCUCAUCACUAGAGCGGGUGCACAUACUUAUAUGCACGUUCUGAUCCCUGGCCUUUCAUCCUGCAAUCAAACAGGCAAACGGAACCAGCCGCCACGCAGGCCAAGAAAGGCAUGCUAGUCUGGGGAAAGUUGAUUCUGUAAAACUCCAUAGAUCUUGCUGGAGAAGCAGCCAAGGGACUUCAUGCGUAGUUUACUCACGGAGAGCCUCCCAGAUUGAACCGUAUUCUAAGGAGCAAAUAUCCUAAAGAGUCUUAUGCCUGACUGCCGCAGUUCUGUCUUGGGCUGGUUAUUACUAACGGCACUUUCCGGCCCCUAAGCCGCUGGCUUCCCCUUCUUUGACUGGGUGCUUGGUGCAUAAUUGUUGGCAGGGUUGGUACAGAGUUGGGAGAGAAGAUGUCUGAACUGAAGGAAGAAACGCAGGUGGGGCCUCGCCAGCUCUACCUGCUGGAUGAUACUGGCUGAGCGAGGGCACGGAACUUCGGAGUUAAUAGUUUUAUCCUCGACUCUUUUUCCCUCUCCUGACCAAGGUGCUCUCCUCAUUUUGUUUUUGCCUGAGGACUUCAGCCAUCAGAAGAGGCCCCUUUCUUCCCUGGGUGGUUGGUGGUUUCCCCACCGUGGGUCCAGGCUCUGUGCCUGCACCUGGAAACCAGCAGCAAGGGAAGGAUUGUAUUUUAUAAAGGGAUACCUGUUUGCACACACUGAAAAGCCCUCGUAAGUUUCUCUUUUGAGCGCAGGAUCUUGUUCAUUCCAUUCCCAAACAUCAGGACUAACAGAGCCUGGGGUAUCUCCUUUUAGGCUCUGCAGACUAAAUGAGAGAGAAAGGGGAAAAAAGAGAGAGAGAGAUAGAUUGUUAGAACUGUUCAGAACUUUUCAAGGUACAUGAAAUACUUGAAAAUUUCUCAUUUAUGUUAUUUAUGAUGUUUUGUACAAUGUUUUUAUUAUUGUAUUGUUUUAUAAAUGGGGGUGCAGGAUAUCACCUGAAUUAUUCAUGAAUGGCCAGGAAGUAAUUUUCUUCUCAUUCUUGUAAAACCACAGCCUCUGAAGCACACACGCACGCCUGCAUGCACAAUACCGAUUCCUCCAGCAUAGAUGACACACGUGAGCACCUUGUGGCUCCUAAGCCAACGGGCCGGGUCGCAGAAGGAAGACGCCAGAGUGUGUAUAUGCAGAUCCCACUGUAUCGAAGAUCUAGGUUUUCUCAUUUGAGCCCUUCUUGUCUCUCUGGCAGUCCUUGCUUUCAGUGUUCCCAGAGUCCUUCGUCCGUGUCCCUUUUCUCCCACAGUUUUGCCUCUGGUCGACUCCAGGAUCCAAACGUGUAACUCCGUUGAUCUUGCCCUAUUUUAACGGUCAUGACUUUCAGAUUGUACCUGUGCUCCUGGACUGCUAUCUCACACAGGUCCAGAAGGUCGUUCUGAAUGAGAAGUAAAUUAUUUUAUGUAAUACAAUUUUCAAGUGUGUUUUUCAGUUGUAUUUUCCUCUCCCUUUAUCACCGCUGGCCAUGCUGAG